CAGUUUCUGUCAUUCAAAGCCUGUGGGCGUGAAGCCUGGACCCGUAUCCAAUCAGAGCGCUCGACUGAGAACUGCCCAAUCAGGCGCGCAGUCGGAGAGGAGGGGGCGGCAUCCGGGAUCUUCGGUGGCCUUGGCCACUCGCUUCAGCCUGAGCUCGGUUAGGGCGUCACCGCCCUGCUUCCACCCCUCAGGGAGGCCUCGGUGAUUUUGCCAGAGCUCAGCCUCCAUCGCUCUGUGACCUGCGGGUAUUGGAUGAUUCGUAGCUGAGACUUCGCGACACCCUUGAAGCUGAGAAAUGCCUGCAGCCCUCCUUGUGCAGCUCUGCGCCGCAGCCCCGCACCUUCUCCGGGCUGUGGGAUGAGGAGGAGCUCAUCGGGAAGACGCCGGGCGCGGCGUGCGCAGGCACCGCGUGGGAGGAGCUGUGGUCCGGGGGUCCUGUCCCUACUUUACGGAAUGAGAUCGAGGCCCCAUCAAAACAUACAGUUCAUGUGAGCAAACCGGGACUCAUUAAUGGGGCAGCGCCGGCUGUGGCUCGUGGCUUGCGAGCUGCUAGAGGGUCUUGAAAAAAAGACUUUUGUGAGGUGUGUGAGGAAGUGAAGCGAAUCACCCGCCCGCCCCAACCUUCCCACCAGUCCCCUUGCCCUGUGCGCCUCUUCCGCGUGGCUGUUCCUGAGUGGCAUCAGGAUGAUGAUUGGUGGUCUUGUCUUGGGAUGAAAAGCAUUUGUGUUGGGGUAAGGGACUCUGUGCUGUGCCUGCUUUGUCUAGCCGAGUGGUACUAUAAUGGGUCCAGGUGGAGGAACAUCAGCAUUAACAGGAGACUUGAUAAAAGACGCUAACUCAUGGACUCUUCUCAAACCUGCAAAAUUUUGCUACAGUGAGGCCUUUAACAUCAAAUAAUUUAUAUGUACAUUGAAGCUUGAGAGGCAGUGCUUAGCUAAGUGACUCAGCCCAGUUUUCCCAUAGGAUCACACGGACAAUUUGAAGUGAAAUCAUCACCUGUGCCCUCCCCUCACAUCCUGUCUAUUGUUCUGGGUGGAAACAUUUCUGUUUUUUAAGUUAAGUUCCUCGCAUAUUAUAGCAAGGCCAAGGUCAAGCAUGAGGACUUCCAGAUACUUUCAUGAGAGGAACCCUUAACAUUCAGGGAUGUGGCCAUAGAAUUCUCUCCAGAAGAGUGGAAAUGCCUGGACCCUGCCCAGCAGAAUUUGUUUAGAGAUGUGAUGUUGGAGAACUACAGAAACCUGGUCUCCCUGGCUGUGUGUUCUCAUUUCACCCAAGACCAUUGGCCAGUGCAGGGCAUAGAAGAUUCAUUCCACAAACUUAUACUGAGAAGAUAUGAGAAAUGUGGACAUGAUAAUUUACAAUUAAGAAAAGGCUGUAAAAGUUUGAAUGAGUGUAAGUUGCAGAAAGGAGGUUAUAAUGAAUUUAAUGAAUGCUUGUCAACUACCCAGAGCAAAAUAUUUCAGUGUAAAGCAAGUGUCAAAGUUGUUAGUAAAUUUUCAAAUUCAAACAAACAUAAGACAAGACAUAUUGGAGAGAAACACUUUAAAUGUAAAGAAUGUGGCAAAUCAUUUCAGAAGUUUUCACACCUAACUCAACAUAAGGUAAUUCAUGCUGGAGAGAAACCCUACACUUGUGAAGAAUGUGGCAAAGCCUUUAAAUGGUCUUUAAUAUUUAAUGAACAUAAGAGAAUUCAUACUGGAGAGAAACCUUUUACUUGUGAAGAAUGUGGCAGCAUCUUUACCACAUCCUCACACUUUGCUAAGCAUAAAAUAAUUCAUACUGGAGAGAAACCCUAUAAAUGUGAAGAAUGUGGCAAAGCCUUUAAUAGGUUCACAACCCUUACUAAACAUAAGAGAAUUCAUGCUGGGGAGAAACCCAUCACAUGUGAAGAAUGUAGGAAAAUCUUUACCUCAUCCUCAAACUUUGCAAAACAUAAGCGAAUUCAUACUGGAGAGAAACCCUACAAAUGUGAAGAAUGUGGCAAAGCCUUUAAUAGGUCCACAACCCUUACUAAACAUAAGAGAAUUCAUACUGGAGAGAAACCCUACACAUGUGAAGAAUGUGGCAAAGCUUUUAGACAGUCCUCAAAACUGAAUGAACAUAAGAAAGUUCAUACUGGAGAGAAGCCCUACAAAUGUGAUGAAUGUGGCAAAGCCUUUGGACGGUCCAGGGUCCUGAAUGAACAUAAAAAAAUUCAUACUGGAGAGAAACCCUACAAAUGUGAAGAAUGUGGCAAAGCCUUUAGACGGUCCACAGAUCGGAGUCAACAUAAGAAAAUUCAUAGUGCAGAUAAACCCUACAAAUGUAAAGAAUGUGACAAAGCCUUUAAACAAUUCUCACUCCUGAGUCAACAUAAGAAAAUUCAUACUGUAGAUAAACCCUACAAAUGUAAAGAUUGUGACAAAGCCUUUAAACGGUUCUCACACCUGAAUAAACAUAAGAAAAUUCAUACUUGAGAGAAAUCCUACAAAUUUAAAGAAUGUGGCAAACCUUUGGAUGGUCUACAAACCUGAAUGAACAUGAGAAAAUUUAUACUGUAGAGAAACCCUGGAAAUGUGAAGAACAUGGCAAAGUUCUUUACCUCAUUCUCAAACCUUGAUAAACAAGAGAAUUCAUACCGGAGAGAAACUGUACAAAUGUGAAGAAUGUGGCAAAGCCUGUGGAUGGUCCACAAACCUGAAUGAGCAGAAGAAAAUUAGUACUGGAGAUAAACCCUGCAAAUGUAAAGAAUGUAACAAAGCCUUUAAACAGCCCUCACCGAUGAAUAAACAUAAGAAAAAUCAUGCUGGAGGGAAGCCCUACACAUGUGGCAGAAUGUGGCAAAGCAUUUCAUUGGUCCUCAAUGCUUAAUAAAUAUAAUUCAUGCUGAAGAGAAACUUCACGUGUGAACAAUGUGGCAAAGCCUUUAAAUGGUCCUCAACCCUUAAUGAACAUAAGCGAAUUCAUGCUGGAGCAAAAUGCUUCACAUGUGAAGAAUGUGGCACAGUCUUUACCACAUCCUCAAACUUUGUUAAACAUAAGAGAAUUUAUACCAGAGAGAAACCCUACACAUGUAAAGAAUGUGGCAAAGCCUUUAAUAGGUUCUGAACCCUUACUGUACACAAGAUAAUUCAUUCUGGGGAAAAAAUUGCUACAAAUGUGAAAAACGUGGCAGAGCUUUCAGACCAUCCGCAAACCUUUAUGAAAAUUCAUAUUUGAGCGUAGAAGAUUCAUUCCACCAACUUACAUUGAGAAGAUAUGAAAGAUGAAUAUUGGCCGGGCGCGGUGGCUCACGCUUGUAAUCCCAGCACUUUGGGAGGCCGAGGCGGGCGGAUCACAAGGUCAGGAGAUCGAGACCACCGUGAAACCCCGUCUCUACUAAAAAAUACAAAAAAUUAGCCGGGCGUGGUGGCGGGCGCCUGUAGUCCCAGCUACUCGGAGAGGCUGAGGCAGGAGAAUGGCGUGAACCCGGGACGCGGAGCUUGCAGCGAGCCGAGAUUGCGCCACUGCACUCCAGCCUGGGCGAAAGAGCAAGACUCCGUCUCAAAAAAAAAAAAAAAAAAAAAAAAAAAGAAAGAUGAAUAUAAGAAAAUUCAUCCUAGGUAUAAAACCAUAGAAAUGUAAAGGAUGUGACAAAACCUUUAAGCCAUACUCCAGGCUUCUUAAACAUACGAGAACUUAUACUGGAGGACAGUCUUACAAAUGUGAAGAAUGUGGCAGUCUUUAAAUCAUUCCUCAGUCUUUUCUAAUCAGAUAAUUCACACUGAAGAGAAACUGCAAAUGUGAAAAGUGUGACAAAGCUUGCAACCACACUCAAUCUAUUCUAAAUAUAAGAGAAAUGAUAUUGGUGAGAAGCCACAAAAAUAUGAAAAAUGUGGCAAAGCCUUCAAAUGCUUGUCACAUCUUAGUGUAUAUAUAUAAUUCCUACUGAAGAAAUCCCCUGGAAAUGCAAAAAAUGUGGCAGAAUUUUUACCAAUCCUCAUCUUUUUGCACAUGAUAGCCUUUAUACUCGAGAAAAGUUGUAGAAAUAUAAAAAAUAUACAAAAGUCAUAUCUACUCACAUUUUACUAACUAGCAAUGUUCAUACUUAAUAAAAACAUUAUAAAUGUAAUUUCUAUUGAAAGACUUUUCAGAAAAUAUAGGCCUUUAAAGUGAAGAAGAGUAUUCUUAAGACAGACAAUACAAAUAUAAAGAGGGUUGUAGUACCUGUACUUCUCUCAUGGAUUUUGUUGUAUGCAUUUUGUAAUAGGGGAAAACCCUGAAGGAGACUUUCUUUAACAUCAGAAGAUUUAUAUUGGAGAGAAAUCCUACAAAUGUAAUAAAUGUGGAAAAACAUUUGUUCAAAAACUGCAGCUUAAAAAACAGAGUUUACACUAGAAAAUAUUUUGUAGAUGCAGUAAAUGUGAAGAAAUAUUUAGUCUAAAAUUAAGAGUAUGUAAACAUCAGAGGAUUUACAGUAGAAAGAACUAAGGAACUAACACUUCAGACACUGCAGUAAAUCAGAGUAUUAAGUAUAAAAAAAAUCCAAAGUUGAACCUGUUACAGAAUUUCUUUGUAUAUAAGUUGAAAAUAUUUUUGAAGAGAUACUACAUUUAAAGUAUAUUUUUUCACUUGAAAAAAGUAUGGAUUUUUUGAAAAGCAUAUAAUAGUUAAUUCAACUCAAAUUAUUUCAUACUAUUUCAACAUUCCCGUUUAUAUGAGAGCAUGUGAUGAAUUGUUGCUGCAUCAGAGAUAAGAGAGAUUCUUUUUCAUUAGGUGGACAUUAUUCAUGAAUUUUUACAAUAAAGAGUGAGGACAGAAAUGAAAGAUCCAUGAUGAAAAUCUAGCAGAGAGGCUUUUUUGUAGUUGACAAUAUUGAGUGAUGCAUGAGGUAGGUGUUCAGAGUAAUAUUCUUCUGCAUUAUAGUGAGAGAAAAUCUGUUUUAGUAGUAAAUUGUUUUACCAAUUAUACAGUUACGUAAUAAAAUACAGUAAAUUUUAAAAUUAUUUUAAGAUUAUGUGGGAACAUAAUUUUUUAACUAAACAAAAUUGUUAACGUGUUGAAAUAAUUGUUGCUUGAAUGAAGUGUCAUUAUGCCACCAACUUAAACCUAUCCCACCUUACUCAAGAGUGUAGGUAGGUAAAAGAUGGUAACAAUGGUAACAUAGUUGAAUGACAUUUCUAGUAUUCUCUUUUUCCAGUGGCUUUAAAUAGCGAAUACAUUGAAGAAUAUCAUUCCCAUGUGUUGCAUUUUCACUCUUGUUACUUUCUAAAAUUUUUGUGGGUACAUAGUGUGCAUAUUUAUCUAUGGCAUAUAUGGGUUAUUUUCUUAUACAGGCAUACAACAUGUAAUAUACCAGAGUAAAUGAGUUAUUCAUCACCUCAAGCAUUCAUCCUUUGUAUUGCACGCAAUCCAAUUAUACACUUUAAUUAUUUCUAAAUGUACAAUUAUGAUUGUAGUAUUAUAUCAGAGUAUAAUUAUAAUUCAUACAUUUAUGCAUCCUGAAUACUUUUAAAAAAUGUUUUACGUUUCUCUUUGAACAUGUGGCAUCUUUUCCUGCAAACUUAUAUGAACUUUAGUUACAUUUACAUGAAGUUAAGUAUAUAAAUGUGUUGCCCUAAACAUAAACCUUAGGUGUAAGAAAAUUAUGGAGCAAGCAAUUGUGUUUAUGUGAGUUUGUACCUAUUUUCCAAAGAAAAUAGCAAUAUUAGAACAAAGAAGAUUAUGUUAAUACCAUGGAUAAUUUACUGGAAAUCUAGAAGCCUGAAACAUUCUAUAUUUUCUUCUUUUUACUUAAUUAAUUACUCUAAAAUCUAAUGGAUUGUUGUUGAGAAUCUCCCCAUACAAAUUCCCUGUUUUUAUUUGUCUGGUGCUCAUGCUAGAGCUAUAAUUUCUUUGAUUAUCUUUUUUGUUUUCACUUCAUGAAGUGUUUAUUAUGUGAGCUGGUCAGAAAUUAUAAGAAUGAUUUUUAUAAAAUGUAGUGAACAUAACAUUUUUAGAUGUAAUUUCAUAUGUAUUAAGUUAUAUUUUAGUUAGAACAUUUCAUUUUGUUGUUUUAAGAACCCUAUAUAAGCUGUUUUCUUUAGUUAUUGUUCCUUUCAGUUUUUAUAAUUGACAUAAAUGAGUUUAUUUUGCCAAUUUGUUCAGCUAAGUACUUGGAAAACUUAGUCAUGGGGAUGUUUUGAUCUAUUAUUGUAGUGAACAAACAAAGUUCUGGGUGUGUAAUAGAUGCUUCAUAAUUAGCCAUAAAUAUUCCUGGAGCUAGUUUGUAGCUCCAAGUAAGAGAUGGAAAAUAAUCUGUGGUGAACAAAUGGCAUUAAUUGUGCAUGUGGAGAGGACAUCUGUUCCCAGGCUGGAGAACCAAUUCAUUAUGAAUGUAAAGAGGAUUUCUUUUCUUAUUUUCUAAUUGUCUUCAGUUUUGUGAUGUCUUUAUGAUUUAUCCCUAGCUAUGUAUGCCUCAGAGCCUUUCUUCAUUUGUGCAUUAUGGCUAGUUUGUCACUGUUCUCUUCAUUCCACGUAAUUUCACAUGGACUUUAGGUUCUGAUGAUAAGUUUCAAGUUUUUUACUGUGGUAAAUUGUUUUUAACUGGGGUGUUAGGUUAUUUGUAGGUUAUCAGUGUAACAUUUAGAUCACUUAAUUGAGAUAAGAGUAAUUCACUAUCAAGAGGAUUAAAUCAGUUGGCAUUGUUUUUCUGUGUUUGUAAAAGAAAAAUUGUAUGAGAUUCUAUCACAAAGUGUGUAAAAUGUAACAAAAAUUAGAAUAAGUAAAGCAUUAAUAUAAGUGGGUUGUAUAUUGUACCACCAUAUGAAGAAACAUCAGAAUUUUGAAAUUUCUUAAGAGGAAAUAUAUCUUAGAAAUAAAAUUUUUAGGCCAGGUGCGGUGGCUCACACCUGUAAUCCCAGCACUUUGGGAGGCCGAGAUGGGCGGGUCAUGAGGUCAAGAGAGCAAGAUCAUCCUGGCAAACAUGGUGAAACCCCAUCUCUACUAAAAAUACAAAAAUUAGCCGGGUGUGGUGGCAUGUGCCUGUAGUCCCAGCUACUCGAGAGGCUGAGGCAGGAGAAUCGCUUGAACCCAGGAUGCAGAGGUUGCAGUGAGCUGAUGUUGCACCACUGCAGUGCAGCCUGCCAACAGAGUAAGACUCCGUCUCAACAACAACAAAGAAAAAAAAGGAAGAAAAUUUUUAGGAGACAAUGGUAAGUGAAGAAUUUUACAUUUAAUUUUCUGUGACAUAGCAAAACAUUUUUCCAUACCAAAUCUUCUAUUUAUUUAUUUAUAUAUUUAUUUUAGAUGGAGCCCUACUCUGUCACCAGUCUGGAGUGCAGUGGCACAAUCUCCGCUCACUGCAACCUCCGCCUCCCAGGUUCAAGUGAUUCUCCUUCCUCAGCCUCCUGAGUAACUGGGACUACAAUCGCCUGCCACCACGCCUGGUUAAUUUUUAUAUUUUUAGUAGAGAUAAGGUUUCACCAUGUUGGCCAGGAUGGUCUCGAUCUUUUGACCUCAUGAUCUGCCUGCCUCGGCCUCCCAAAGUACUGGGAUUACAGGCAUGAGCCACCACGCCUGGCCAGAAUAUUGUAUCUUUGAGUGUGAAUGUUAAAUGGUGGAGAAACAAUAGAAUGAUCCUGUAGAUUCAAAAUCUGCACUGAUCUUUUUUGUCCAGAUUCAUAUUACAAUCUUGAGGAAUUUCUCAUAAUUUUUUGUUUUAGUCGAUGCAUUUCAUGGGCUACAGUUUUCAUUUUUACUCACCUAACUUUAUCCAAGUCCGUGGUCACCUUCUCUGGAAAAAAUCUGAAGAUUAUGGCAGCUGUUGAAUUCAAACAAUUUCUUAGUGAUUUUUUUUUUUUUUUUUGAGAUGGAGUCUUUCUCUGUCGCCCAGGCUGGAGUGCAGUGGCACAAUCUCAGCUCAUUGCAACCUCCACCUCCCGGGUUCAAGCAAUUCUCCUGCCUCAGCCUUCCGAGUAGCUGGGAUUACAGGUGCCCACCGCCACACCCAGCUAAUUUUUGUAUUUUUAAUAGAGAUGGGGUUUCACUAUGUUGGCCAGGCUGGUCUUGAGGUCCUGUCCUCGUGAUCCACACACGUCAGCCUCCCAAAGUGCUGGGUUUACCAGCAUGAGCCACUGUGCCCAGCCUCUCAGUGAUUUUUGAUGCAAAUUCAUUUACUGUGUUCACAAAGUGGCCAAUUUUGGGACCUUUAGCAUCACUUGCCCUUUUAAUGUCAUAUGUAUGAUUACCAUCAGCACUGGAAAUGCCAGGUACUUCAAGCUUAAAAGUAAGAGCUCUAGAGUGUAUUGUCUUGUAUUAUAUAUUGUUCUGGGGUCUAAGCCAUGCUAGUAAAUAUUAGAGUUCCUAUGAUUAUUUUCUUCUUUAUUUUAUUUUUGAGACGGAGUCUCGCUCUAUCACCAGGCUGGAGUGCAGUGGUGCGAUCUCAGCUCACUGCAACCUCCGCCUCUCGGGUUCAGGCGAUUCUCCUGCCUCAGCCUCCUUAUUAGCUGGGGUUACAGGUGUGCACCACCAUGCCUGGCUAAUUUUUAUAUUGUUAGUAGAGACGGGGUUUGACCAUGUUGGCCAGGCUGGUCUCAAACUCCUGACCUUGUGAUCCUGCCACCUCUGCCUCCCAAAGUCCUGGAAUUACAGGCGUGAGCCACCGUGCCCAGCCCCUAUGGUUAUUAUAUUACAAAAACAGCACAAAAUAUAUAUUUUUGAUAAUAUUAAAGUUGUUUGACAAAGAUACUCAUCAUUUGCAACAUUAUUCUAUAAUUUUUAAAAUAUAUUUGUUAAUUGACAGAUGAAAUAUCCUGUAGAACAUGGUGUUUUGUAGUAUAUAUAAAUUGUCAAAAGCUUAAUUCUAGCUGCGUAACAAAUUCUUCACCGCAUAUAAUUACUUUUGGGAUAAGAGCUCAUAACAUUGAAUGUGUUAGCAUUUUCCAAAAAUACAUUAUUGUUAACUGUAUUCACCAUGCUGUACAAUAGAUUUCUUGAAUUUAUUCCUCCUAGGCAACUAUGUGUUAUUUUACAGACAUGUCUCCAGAUGCCCCUUUCUUGUAAAUACCCAAGCAUCUCGUAACCAGCAUUCUACUGUCUGGCUUGUUUCACUUAGCAUAGUGUCUUCCACAUUUAUUCACAUUGUUUCAAAUGAAAAGAUUUCCUCCCUUUUAACGUUGAAUUGUAUUUCCUUGUGUAUACCACAUUUUUGGAAAAAUACAUUCAUUUCUUGGUUGAAAAACUCAUGUAAUGAGAAGAUAUUUCUGUAUUAAAGCAUGUAAUUCAGUAUAUACAUGUUUUAUUAAUAGUUGAUUUCUACCAAAUGCUAACCAUAAUACCGUAUAUAUGUUAAUAAAUUUUAUUUUUGGCCAGAUUGCAGUGAGCCAAGAUCACGCCAUUGCACUCCAGCCUGGGUGACAAGAGCAAAACUCCAUCCCCCCCCCAAAAAAAUUAAUUUUCACAGAAAAUUAAUAGCAUAGGUAUUAUUAUCCUCAUUUUACAGAGAAAGAAACAGCCAUAGAGAAAAAUGACUUGCUCACAACACAGGCAACUUUGACUCUAGAGGUAACACUUAUUACAGUAAAAUCCCUCUUCAGACAGAAAAUACAUGAUUAUCUUAAACACAUUCUUAAUAAAAAUUUAACAAAAAUUGUUAAA